GGCAAUGAAAAGAUGCUUUCUUCUUUGUCUUUUCCAAGAAGAAAAGGCAGCACUACUCAAGAAGAAAAGCUGCCACCAUAUGAGCCAAAUAUCCCCGAACCAACCACCAGGGCGGACUUCAUGAAAUACUGGUUCCCCAUCUCUCUGGAUGAUAAGACUGCGCAGAAGCUGCUGUGGAUUUCUGAGGGGGGCUCUAAGGUGGCUCGUACAUCCGAUGCAGUUUGCCCAUAUCCCAACAGGCCUGAGCGAUACGAAGACUCACCUCAGGUGCUGUGUAAGGAGGGGCUGCUGGGCUGCCGAGGCUACUGGGAGGUGGACUACAAUGGCUGGGUGGUGAUCGGGGUUGUUUAUGGGAGUGCUCCCCGGAAGGGCCAGGAGGGGUCCUGCGGGCUCGGGGAGAACACCAGCUCCUGGGGCGCUGGCUGGUCUGGCUCCUGCUACCAAGUCUGGCACAACAAUGAAAACGUGGAGAUCCAGCUCCCCGUUACCUCCACCAUGGGUGUGUAUGUCGACCAGCCUGCCGGCAUCAUUAAGUUCCUCCUGGUGGAGGGAGAAGCUGAGAAGGAGGUGCGACUGAUUCACAAGUUCAAAGCCAGCUUGGAGGAAAAAGUUUUUCCCGGAUUUUGGGUUGGCACAAAUUCAUUCUGUCUUAUUCGGAAAAAGGAGCAGUGACUCAGUGAAGGGAUUAGCAUGUGUGGGGAGGAAGAGGAGGGUGUAGUAAUGUAAAUCUGGAAGUAAAAGGUGUGAGGAGAUAAAAACAAUUGUGAAGUUUGGGGAACAAGUGUAGGAGGUGUGAAAUUUAUUGACAUCUUUGUCUCGAUUCAGCUUUUUGAGGUCACAUUAUAUCUAAAGAUCUCUGUUUUACCUAAUGAGUAUCUUUAAAUGUCUGUUUAGAUAGAAAAACAGGCAGUUUAGUGU